AUGUCGAUCUCUCUAAGACACUAUCUGACUAAACCCGGGCGGACGCAUACUGUAGGUGAAAAACCGUAUUUAUGCGACGUAUGUGACAAGAAGUUUAACAGGAAUGGCCAACUGACUGUACACCGGCGGACGCAUACGGGUGAAAAACCGUACUUAUGCGACGUGUGUGACAAGAAGUUUAACAGGAAUGACCAACUGACUGUACACCGGCGGACGCACACGGGGGAAAAACCGUAUCAGUGUGACAUAUGUGAUAUGACGUUCUCUCAAAUUGGAGCACUGGCUGUACACCGUCGGACGCACACGGGGGAAAAACCGUACCUAUGCGAUGUAUGUGAUAAGAAGUUUACCAAUAGUAGCAAUCUGACUGUACACCGGCGGACGCAUACGGGUGAAAAACCGUACCUAUGCGACGUAUGUGGCAAGAAGUUCAAUAGUAAUGGUGAACUGACCAAACACCGGCGGACUCACACAGGUGCAAAACCGUACCUAUGCGACGUAUGUGGCAAAAAGUUUAACAGUAAUAGUGAAUUUACCGUACACCGGCGGACGCAUACGGGUGAAAAACCGUACCUGUGCGAUGUAUGUGACAAGAAGUUCAACAGUAACAGUGAACUGACUGUACACCGGCGGACGCAUACGGGUGAAAAACCGUACCUAUGCGAUAUAUGUGACAAGAAGUUUAUCAAUAGUGGCAAUCUGACUGUACACCGGCGGAGGCAUACGAGUGAAAACCCGUACCUAUGCGAUGUAUGUCACAAGAAGUUUAUCAAUAAAGGCAAUCUGAUUAAACACCGGCAGAUGCAUACGAGUGAAAACCCGUACCGGUGCGACAUAUGA